GCGAUCGCGUGGCACACACCAAUACAACCGCCCGUACCACUAUCAUCUUGUCGGCGGCGUGUGCAUAAUCAACGGCGUCGUGCAUAAUUUUCACAACAUCAUCGGCAACAUGUUUUCCGCCUAGCAGCAAGGCACAUUACAGCCUGCUUCGAUCGUUUCGUCAGCGCACACCAGCAAACAGACACACUCACACACCAGGACAAGCAGUUGUUACGUGUGGGGUGUGUGUGUGUGUGUGUGCUGAUUUGUAUGCAGCGCGUCCAGCGAUCCCACCACCGCAAAUGCAUCUGGUGCACCGUGUGUCUGUGUUUUUUUUUUUGCAUCGAGUGAAACUGAAACGCAACUUCCAAUCGCGGAAGAAAGUGUGUGUGUGGUGGUGUCUGUGUGCGUCUGUAAUUCAUUUGUUGAUUUUUUGCUGCGUUGUUGAUGUUUGCACCCUCCAUCAUCCCGCCUGUACUCGUGUGACGCGUGUGCAGAUGUGCACACCCUCCCUUACCACCCCCCACCCAUCGCGUACACCGAAUCCAAAAGGGGUGCAGUAACAUAAACAAUUAAGGAUGAACUCCUCUGGAUUGCCUUAAACAGUGGAAUGCUACUAUUCACAACCUCUUCCGGAAGCGCACCACUUGAACCACUUUGACCCGAGCAGCUGAAACAAAACAAAAAAACACGCUUCUUUCGCUUGCCAACUCGGCCCCCGCCGUUUGGAAAGCGAAAAAACCGUAACACAUUAACAGAAGAUCUAGACAAUCGAACGGAACGGCACACGAUGCAGGUGAACGCGAAUCGAUUCGCGAAACCGUAGCAAAAUUGCAUUUAAUGCUAACCUUCGAACUACUACUGUGCGCUCUGCGGGCCCGUUUGGUGCAACAAGUGCACCCAAAGGUUUUGAUCAGCAAGUACCGACAAGUAGUGUGUUGUCUGCGAGAGUGAUUGAUAUUCGAUUACAUGCUGACGAGUUUUAGUUUAACAGCGCACACACACACCGGAAGCAAUCUCGGAGCCUUUCUUUCCGCCCAGUAGCAACAACACAAAGUGUGCGCAUCCGCCGGGGUUGUUUGUGUGACACUCCGGGACACAGCGAGAGAGAGAGAGAGAGAGAGAGAGAGCGAGUAGUGCCGGAAGCAAAGGUGAAAGAAGAUCGUAACCGCUACGCUAGUGUCCCCCGGGAUGGUGGGCUCCGUCAGGUGUCCCGUGUGGAAGCAACUAGUGCCCGGUGUUGUGUUGUCGACCUGCCGUCACUAGAAGAUCGCUAGAAAGCAAUGUGUUACCAUCGACGUCGCGGCAGUGGUUUGGCGUUCACCACACCCGCAAGGGUUGAAGUUUGUUGGCUAACAAAAGUGUCCUCGUUCUCGGGUGCAAAAUGAGUGCCGGUUCGGAGUGGCUCUAUACUUGCGCUAGAUGUGCCGGGUGAAGGAAGUGCAGUGGAAACUUAAAACGGGUGUGUGUGUGUGUGCGUUGCAGUUUAUGACCGGUUUCUCCGAAGCAUUGAGAGGCGAUGAGAGCGAUAUAGAUACGGUGCGGAGGAAGGCUACGGAACAUAAAGCAAAAAUAAUCGGAGAAAGUGUCUAGGAAGGUGUAGGCGGAGUGUGUAAACACACACACCCACACAUACGGGAGUGCCACACAAAGUGUGUUGGAAAAGUGUAUUUUCUAAAAAUAAUAGGUAAUAAAUGACCGAUAGAAAAUUGCCAAUUAGCCCAUCGGAACAGGCCACGGCCAACCACAGCCCGCUCCUGCACCAUCACCAGCAGCAGCAUCCUGCACACGGCAAUCAUCAUCACCAUCAGCAGCAGCAGCAACACUUGAGGCGUGUUGCAGGAGAACAGCAGCAGCAUCACGGCAUUACAAUCACGGCCGGGAUUGGCGAAACGCUUGCCGCUGCUGGUGACGGGCCGGUGGUCGCUGGAGGUGGCGGCAGUGGCCCAGUUCCGACGGUUGGGGCACCGGCACCACCUCCCCGUGGUACGUCCUCGUUGAGUUCUGGCCAUCAUCUUCCGGCCGGUGCCGCCGUCGUCGCGCUGGCGAGCGUCAACAGUAGCACCGGCAGCAACAGUCUGGGCGGUGGUGGUGGUGGUGGUGGUGGAGUCAUCGGCAGCAACCAUGCAACCGGCACGACCAGCACGACGGCCACCAGCAACAGCACCAAGCACGCGAACAUGCAUCGUCUGAAGCACACUAGCUCGCUAACCACCAGCAUCUAUCCAGAGCUUUAUGACAAAGGCAAUCGAUUAUCUCAUUCAAGUGAUACCAGCCAGGCUGACACCAUGACUUCCGUAACGAGCUCCUCGCUAGACUCGGACGAGGUAGAUCUCUCCGGUUUGGUGGAAUCGGUCGUCGAUUCCGACGAAGAGGACAUUGCAGAGAGUAUAGAUAGUUUAAGCGUCCGGGACACGGUUCGGGAAUGUUUGGAAAAAGAUCCCACCGACCGAACGGUGGAAGACAUCGAGAUAUUGCUCGAGUUUACGCAAAAGCUGAAGGCAUUCACCAACAUGACGUUCGCGGUCCGGCGGGCGCUCUGCUCGGUGAUGGUGUUUGCCGUGGUGGAGAAAGCCGGCACGGUCGUGAUGAACGAUGGCGAAGAGCUGGACUCUUGGAGUGUGCUGAUCAAUGGGCACGUGGAGAUUGAGCAUAGUACGGGCGAGGUGGAAUAUCUGCACUAUGGGGACAGUUUCGGCAUAAUGCCAACGAUGGACAAACUGUACCAUCGGGGCGUUAUGCGCACCAAGUGCGACGAUUGUCAGUUUGUGUGCAUCACGCAGACGGACUACUAUCGAAUACAGCACCAGGGCGAGGAUAACAUUCGGAAGAUCGAGGAAGAAGGGCAGGUGGUGAUGGUGACCGAGUUGCGGAACAGUACGGGGGAGAAUGGAUCGCGCAAGGGCUAUGUCGUUAUCCGUGGUACGGUGGAGCGGUUGAUGCAUCAGCUGGUGGAGGACACCACCCUGACGGAUCCGAACUAUGUGGAAGACUUUCUGCUCACAUUCCGCACAUUUAUCGCCAAUCCGAUCGAUAUCUCGAAGCAGCUGCUCAAGUGGUUCAACGUGGACAGUAGUAGCGGAGCGGGUGAGGAAAGUGGAGGAUCGAGUGAUCUCGUCGACGGAGCGGCAGCUUCAAUCUCGCACCACCUAUCAUCGUCAGGGCCCGGGGACAGUGUGCUAUGCGAUCGGGUGACGCGCGUCGUACUGCUGUGGGUAAACAAUCACUUCACGGACUUCGACACCGAUCCACAGAUGAUGGAGUUUCUGGAACUGUUCGAAACGGCGCUGGAGAAAAAGAACAUGCACGAGCAGCAGCAACUGCUGCAUGUGUACGCGCAACAUAACGCAAGGGAAAGAAACGUUACGCUAGCGCGCAGUUCUCGGGACGAGGAUCUAAACUUCCAAAUAUCCGGCGGCCCUGGAGGUAUCUUCAUCACGCGAGUCGAGCCGAAAACGAAGGCGUACGAAGCGGGACUGAAACGCGGUGACCAGAUACUGGAGGUGAAUGGGCAGAGCUUCGAGCAUGUGACCUGUGCCCGGGCGCUGGAAAUUCUAAUGGGCACAACGCAUCUCAGCAUUACCGUGAAAAGCAAUCUGUGGGCUUUCAAGGGCAUGCUGUCGAAUGCGGACGGUGAUUCGGGCAAGCUGAAGAUCGAUCUAAAGAAGGGCCUUCGGGUGGAUCUGCUGCAGUCCCAAAAGUCGCUCGAUCUGGUAGAUAAGGUCGGUGGACUGUUGCCUACGCCACAGUUCCUGAUGCCGCUGCCGGUGCGGGAUAUUGAGUACGGGCGAAAGGAUUCGGGCGUAUCGACACCGUCGUCUUCCUCGUCGAUGAAUAACAACAAGGGUGGCAGUUUCAUGACGCUCGGUGGCAAGAAGCGCAUCCAGAAGGCACUGAUCAAGAUGAACCUACUGCCAAAGAAUAGCGUCUUCCAGGAUGACAACAUUAACAACAACAACAACAACAACAACAGCAGCAGCAACAACAGCAGCAGCAACAGCAGUAACAGUGCGAACAAUGGCAACAGCAACAAUGGAAGCACCUACGAGGGUGGAAGUGAUCGAUCGUCGGGGAUCAGUGUGAACUUCUCCUCCCAGGCGUCCUCCAUAUCGACGUCCUCGAUAACGACGGCGGACUCGGACGAAACGCCACCGACCUCCACCUACCAGAGCAAUCCGGAUCUGCGCGAAAACCACUGCACACCGGCCAAGGCUCAGUCGACGGAAGCGAUCAUCCCGGCAAAGAUGGGCACCACGUACCUGGAGGAGUUGCGGGCAAGCGAUUUCCCCGAGCACAUUCUGAAGGUGUACAAGUCGGAUCAGACCUGCAAGUACCUGCUGGUGCACAAGGAAACGACGGCCCACGAGGUGGUGAUGUUGGCGCUGCAAGAGUUCGGUAUUCACGAUCCGAGCUCGAACUUCUCGCUGUGUGAGGUAAGCGUCGGCGACGGUGGCAUGAUCAAGCAGCGCCGCUUGCCGGAUCAGCUCCAGAAUCUGGCCGAACGGAUUGGGCUCAGUUCGAGGUAUUAUCUGAAAACGAACGGCAUCACGGAAACGCUCGUGCCGGACGAUGUGGCGCCGGAACUGAUCCGCGAGAGUGCGGUGCACUUUUUGCAGCUAAACGCGAACGAGCUGGCGAUACAGCUGACGCUGCAGGACUUUAGCAUCUUCCGGCAGAUCGAAUCGACCGAGUACAUUGACGAUCUGUUCAAUCUGAAGAGUCGGUACGGGAAGCCGAUGCUGGUGCGGUUCGCGGAGCUGGUUAAUCGCGAGAUGUUCUGGGUGGUGACGGAAGUUUGCAGCGAGCACAACAUGAUGCGGCGGUGCAAGAUUAUCAAGCAGUUCAUCAAGAUUGCGCGGCACUGCAAGGAGUGCAAGAACUUCAACAGCUUGUUUGCGAUCAUCAGCGGUUUGGGGCAUGCGGCCGUUAGCCGGCUGAGACAGACGUGGGAAAAGUUGCCGUCAAAGUAUCAGAAGCUGUUCAAUGAUCUGCAGGACCUGAUGGAUCCGUCGCGCAAUAUGUCAAAGUACCGGCAGCUGAUACAGACGGAGCUGAACGCACAGCAGCCCGUCAUACCGUUCUAUCCGGUGGUGAAGAAGGAUCUUACCUUCAUCCAUCUAGGGAAUGAUACGAAGAUUGACAGUUUGAUCAACUUCGAGAAGCUGCGCAUGGUGUCGAAGGAGAUCCGGACGCUGCUGCACAUGUGCAACUCGCCGUACGACAUACUGACGAUGCUGGAGUACAAAUGCCAGCCGCCCAGUUCGGCCAUGCUGGCGCUCAACCAAAUGUCGGUCCCGUCGGGCAGUGGCAAUCUGAUGCUGGCGCCGCCCGCUCCACCCCCACCAACUUCGCUGCCGGCCGCCUUCAUGCACAGUCAGACGGUGAAGCGAAGGAAGAAAUCGACCGCCGCCCCGAACCCGAAGAAAAUGUUCGAAGAAGCGCAGAUGGUGCGACGGGUGAAGGCGUACCUGAACAACAUGAAGGUUAUUACGGACGAGGACGAACUGCAUCGGUUGUCGCUGGAGUGUGAGGCACAGGGCGGCACCACACCGAACACGGUGCAGGUCCGCAAACGCUACCCAUCGCCAACGCUUUCCACGACGUCCAGCACCAGCUCGACCAGCGAAGGCAAGAAGGGAGCGCUUGGGUUGGGCAUGAGCAGCUUAUCGAUCGGAAGCGCUAGCAGCGGCAACAGUGGAGCCCCGAAGUUCGGAGCCGCAUCGCCGCAGGCCGUCAAAAAGCUACUCUCGCUCUCGGAGCAGACGAAAACGCGUCCUCACCAACCGAGACAUCCGUCGGCCGGAUCGAUCCUACCGCCACCGCUAAACACCAUCCACCAUCACCACCAUCAGCACCAUCACGGUGCAAUCUCGGGACAUCUGAACAGUACGCUCUCUCACUUCCACCAUGCCCAUCCGGCCACGAACUAUCUGCCGCACCACGGUGGGACGGGCAUCACCAUCAGUCCCUCGCAAUCGCCGGCACACUGCUGCGUGGGACCUGCCGGAACCGGCGGCGGAAGCACCGGUUCGACCAACAGUGCCAGUGGUGUGAUGGGACCUCCGCAAUAUCCACCACCGUCGUCGGCACACGCGGCCGGCGGCUAUGUGUCUGCGGCCGGUGCAAAUGCGGGUGUGCAUUUGGCGGGCAUGUUGCCGAAUCCACCGAACUACAGCACCACCAUGUCGAUGUAUGCGAACGGGCGGCCGGCGGUACUGGCCAGCCGGAUACUGGAGAGUUCUGUCGAUGCACCUAGUCAAAUACCACCACCGAUGGAACUGCCGCCGGAGAGUAGCUCCUUCCGAAGUCCACCGAACUAUGCUCAAACGGCACAUCGAAGAAUUGCCAGCAACAGCAGCAGCAGCAGUACAACCAUUCCACCGCCCUACCCAGCUCCUCACCAAAACUUUGGUAACUCGUCCCGCAUAAUCUCCGCCGUCGGGAUCUCACCGAUCGCGCCCAACUUUGUUGCGCCGGCCGUCAAUGCGCUCUCGCCCAUGUACACCGGCAACAGUGGUGGUGGAGGAGGUGGUGUGGGUCCAUCAGUAACUUCCUCCGGAGCGCCGGUGUGUGGCAACUUACCGCCAGCAAUACCGGCACGACUGCACGAAACCGUUGCCGCUGGAUUGGUCGAUUCGGCGCCACCACCGUUGCCGCCGCCAAGUAUAGACCUGUCGGUCGAGAGCAGUUCCGUGACCGUGCUAAGCAGUGCCGCUUCCGGUGGUGCCAAGCUAGACGACGAUAAGGCGUGCGAUUCCGUCGAGACGACGGACUGUUGUGUGGGUACGAUUUCGACCGAUGUGUAAGCACGUCUAGCAUCAAGAGCUUACGGGGGUCCGCUUCGGAACGUCCCGAAAAAAUUGAACAAGAGAGAAAGAAUUCCAAUCAAGAAAUACAAACAGAGAGUGGGACAGGUAGUUGUCCACUCGAAGUGCAGCACAGAGCCCCAAUAACCUAAUAACCGGGGUGUCGUUAAUCGUAUUUGAUGGUCUAUUGUUGUUGAAAUAAUCACAUUAAUGUUUAAAAAAACAAUACAAAAAACACACACACUUAAUGUUGCGAAUUUGUAAACCCACGCACAGAAAUGACCACUCACUGUUGUUAAAGAGGACAGUCUACGCAGUAAAAGAAAAUCCACAAACGCUACUGCUGGCUAGUGCGUUCGGAAAAGCGCUGGACAGCUUUUCCAACGCACAUUUAUUGAAUCAUAUAUUUUUUUUUGAAGGAGUUUACCCACUGUAGACAGAGGAAAAACAGGAAGAGUGGUGUGUUGUGUUCUAUUGCACAAUGAAACUCGGAUAAGACAAACUAUAGCUGGUAGAGUUUAUUCUCGACAGUAAGUGUCGGUCUCUCACUCACUCUCUCUGGAACCUUUUGUGCCCAAAAAGAAAGAAGAAAAACUUAUUUCCAUCCCAAGACUGAUGAAAGCAAAGCAAAGAGAUGAAAGCAUAUUUUGAAACAAUGCAACACGUUCACCCCAGAAACCACACACCACUUUAAGAAGGUGGCCCAACAAUCUAUCCCAACAUCUCUACACGCACCAAGCCGCCCGAGCUCGGCAAGGAAAACAUAUUAAUAUAAUACUAUUAAUGUGUUGUUGUAUGUGUACAUGAUCCAUUCAACAGAAGGAGCAUUUAUAAAAUACUGAUUGUUGCAUUGUAUCCGUAUGUGUGUGUGCGCGUCUCUCGCCGUUUUGUGUGUGUGUUGGGAACGGGGUUGAAGUAUUAACGUAUUUACAUGAUAAAGCUGUGUGUACCUUGAAGAUAUUAAUGUUGAACAUUUGUGUACCGAAAUAAAAAAAAAAACAGGAUCAAAAAGGGAUAUCGAUAUUGAUAUAACUGUGUUGAUAAUAUACAUACACACAUACAUAGCGAAGAAAAAGUAGCUUUUUCCCCAUAGCCAUUCUAUCGUGUUCCACUGACCAAUCGUAUGUAAGACAAUGGCAUUUGCUUUACGGGGCGUUUUGUUUUUUACCUGUAUGUGCUCCUUUAUGUGCUUGCUUUUAAUUGAAUCAAUUCUUUUAUAUAUAUAUUGAGGGAAUUUUACUUUUCAAGCGAUAUGAAAAAGGGCUUUAAAUUGUCUAACCUGAAACAUUUCAAUCAGUUUAGUAGAAGCGAUCGUUUUGGAGAAUUUUUUUGAAUAAUUUGUGGAAAUUAAAAUAUUUUUUUCCUCACCCAAAAAUCCUUUAAAAAUACUAAAAACGCAAAUAAAUAUCACCGUAUGCAAUUGAGUGGCCUCAUCAAAUGAGUACCUUCCGAAUGAGUUCCCGAAAAAGGCAACUCAUUUUAUUAUUUACUUUUGCUUCGAAAGCACUCACCUUGGAAUGGUUUCUUUGAGGGAAUAAUUGUAGUUUUAAGGUAAACUAUUCCAUAAACUGUUUAAUUGAUUGCAUUAAAUGAUUGCAAACUUUUACAAAUUACUAGCAUUAUUCGCUUAUUUACCUCACAGAAAAAAACCCAUCAUAUCGAAAGCUCUUUUUUAAGCUCUCUGUUAGAUUUUUGUUAAUAUAAUUGCCUAUAAUUGAUUAGCUUUCUUAGCAGCAAUAAGAUAAUAUACACAUAAAUGCAAAAACAAAAAGAUAGUCCCCUCCCCCCCCCCCCCCCCCCCCCCGUAUCAGGCAGCUAGUGAAAUCUUUCUAUAACACUUUACAGCGAUAAAUCGCCAAAUGGUAACACUAUUGAGCAAAUACGCAGCACAACCAAUGCCUAAGAGCAAUCAAAAGAGGAACGAAUCACACGCGACAUCAGAUCAAAAUCUGUGUAAAAUGAUAUUCAAAACCCAUAUGAUAGAAUAGAAUGGUCGAACGUCGUCAAGCGCUUUUAACCAAGCUCACUACAUACGGAAUAUAUCGAUGUUGCUGACGACGCGGCCCUGAACUCGUGUGCGUUUCCGCUCUUUUUUCUAUCAAUAUUUUGUCGGUGAAUUUACAUACCUCCUGGAGCCGGGUGACGACAGAGCAGGUGGCAAAAGCCGAUUAAAAUCAUAUUAUAAGGAGCUAGUAAGAUCCUACUUAUCUAAGGAAGAACGAGGAUCAUCGGGGAGACGUGGAUCAACCGGCUGUGUUGGUAAUGCCCGAAUGUAUCGCACAUCGGGUCACAGGAUCAGGACCAGGCUACCAGUCUGCUGUCUGGUGGUGAGACUCUGUAAGAUGCAAAUCAAAGGUUUGAGCUUCCUUUCAACACUCAUAAAUGUUCGAUAAAAUAUGUGUCACCACAGACAGACACACAACCACACCACCACACGUCACAGCACAGUGUAAUUGGCACAUGCAAACAUACAGAAAGUACAUACCGUUAAUGGAAACAAAA